UGUCUAUUGGGCACACAUUCCAGCCCUCUGUGAAUACAAUUCAAACUCAGAUUAAGUUCGAACCCGACUCUAGAAGCUUUAUGAAUCUUCUACCAGCGCAUCACCACCUCCAAGGACUCCCCUUCUUCAUGGACCUUCGUCCCCACGAUGCCUGAUCUGCGUAGCCGAUCACGCAGGAACCGGGCAUUCAACAACCCUGUCCCGAAUCCGAUUACCCCGCAACCAGUAGUCCACAACAGUCAGGAUCUUCUUUUAACUGUACGAGGUCGCCAGAGAAAGGCAGCCGGGCAGAACCGGACGAGUAAUAAGAACUCGAUCGGCGUUGCUGAGAGGAAUAUUGUGACGAAGAGAGGCCACAAGGUCAUCAAAACGAGGUCGUCGAAGGGCAAGAAAGUAGAGAGAGGAGAAGAGGAAGGGAUUAGGGUGUUUAGAGGGGGCGUCGAGGAAAGAGCCAUGGAUGAGUACGGUAGCGGCGGCGGACGGAGCGGCGAUAAGGGGCCCGCAGCCGAGGACGAGGGCAGCACUGCGCCUCUUCCCGAGAAGGUACAAGUUGGUGGUUCCCCGAUGUACAAAAUAGGCAGAAAACUGGGUAAAGGAGGAUUUGGACAAGUGUAUGUUGGUCGACGUGUUGGUACUACCAGUGUAAACGAAAGAACUGGGCCUGGAGCUGUUGAGGUAGCUUUAAAAUUUGAGCAUAGGAGUAGUAAAGGAUGUAAUUAUGGACCGCCGUAUGAGUGGCAAGUUUACAAUGCACUUGGUGGCAGUCAUGGUGUUCCACGAGUUCAUUAUAAGGGCCGGCAAGGUGACUACUAUGUCAUGGUCAUGGAUAUGCUUGGGCCAAGUUUGUGGGAUGUUUGGAAUAAUAACUCACACACGAUGUCUAUUGACAUGGUUGCCUGCAUUGCCAUUGAGGCCAUCUCCAUAUUAGAGAAGAUGCACUCUAGGGGAUAUGUGCACGGGGAUGUGAAACCUGAGAAUUUUUUGCUUGGUCCUCCUGUGACUCCUGAAGAAAAAAAGCUAUUUCUUGUCGACCUUGGAUUAGCCACCAAGUGGCGAGACAGUGCAACUGGAUUGCAUGUUGAGUAUGAUCAACGUCCAGAUGUUUUCAGGGGAACUGUCCGGUAUGCUAGUGUGCAUGCUCAUCUUGGUAGAACUGGUAGCAGGAGAGAUGACUUAGAAUCUCUUGCUUACACUCUUGUUUUUCUUCUCCGUGGCCGAUUGCCAUGGCAAGGAUAUCAGGGGGACAAUAAAGGAUUCCUUGUAUGCAAGAAGAAAAUGGCCACUUCCCCAGAAUCUCUGUGUUGCUUUUGUCCUCAGCCUUUUCGACAGUUUGUUGAGUUUGUGGUAAAUUUGAAGUUUGAUGAAGAACCUAACUAUGCAAAGUAUAUCUCCCUCUUUGAUGGGAUUGUUGGUCCAAAUCCGGAUAUCAGGCCAAUAAACACUGACGGCGCUCAAAAGCUUAUAUGUCAGGUUGGACAUAAGAGAGGACGAUUGACCAUGGAGGAGGAAGAUGAUGAACAACCAAAGAAGAAGAUUCGAAUGGGGAUGCCUGCAACUCAAUGGGUUAGUGUUUACAAUGCUCGCCGGCCUAUGAAGCAAAGAUUUCACUAUAACGUAGCAGAUGUAAGGCUCUCCCAACACAUUGAGAAAGGAAAUGAGGAUGGAUUAUAUAUCAGUAGUGUGGCUUCAUGUUCAAACCUUUGGGCCCUUAUCAUGGAUGCUGGCACUGGAUUUACUGCUCAAGUUCACGAACUCUCACCCUGUUUUCUUCACAAGGAAUGGAUCAUGGAACAAUGGGAGAAGAAUUACUACAUCAGUGCAAUAGCAGGGGCUAAUAAUGGAAGUUCAUUAGUUGUGAUGUCAAAGGGGACACAGUACUUACAGCAGUCUUAUAAAGUCAGCGAUUCAUUUCCGUUCAAGUGGAUCAACAAAAAAUGGAGGGAGGGGUUUUAUGUUACUGCCAUGGCUACUGCUGGGACUAGAUGGGCAAUUAUUAUGUCUCGUGGUGCUGGAUUUUCUGACCAGGUUGUGGAACUAGAUUUUCUCUAUCCUAGUGAAGGUAUUCAUCGAAGGUGGGACAGUGGUUACCGAAUCACAUCAACUGCAGCAACUUGGGACCAGACUGCUUUGGUUCUUAGUGUUCCUAGAAGAAAACCUGCAGAUGAAACUCAAGAGACUCUCCGAACUUCUGCUUUUCCCAGUACACACGUCAAGGAGAAAUGGGCAAAGAAUCUUUAUAUUGCAUCUAUUUGCUAUGGCCGAACUGUUUCAUGAACUACCAAAGUUCUGUUAGGAUGCCACUUAAUGUUAUUUUGACCUCACUUUUAUGAUCCAUGAAUGGGUGGGCUCUUAGCAUCUAGUUCUUCUCGAGAAGCAAAGAUCGCGUCGAGGCAAAUUUACUGAUCAUAGCAUUUUGGAGAUGAUGUAUGCUAAACUCUUCUUUAUUGCCGCCAUCACAUAGCAUGUUACAAACACCUGUGCACUGUCUUUAAAUUACGUCAAAAUGCUUAUGAGGCUAAUUUUAAAUCAUAUAUCCACCUGCGAGGGUGCUUAAUUUUUCCUAUCAUUACAAAGUUUGUAUAGGUUUGAACAAUAAUCACAUGGCUGAAGGCAUGUGCACAGGAGGGCAUUUUGAUUGUUGAUGGUAUUUUCGGAUGUACAAUUAUUAUUUUGCUGUGGGCUCUGGACAUUCUCAGCUUUUCACCCUGUAUUUAGUACUUUUUUUAUUCUCCUUUCUGUACUUGAAAGAUAGUUUCUGGGUUGUCAGAAUUUGACUUGAAAGGAAGUGGUUGUACACUUUGAGCAAGAGUUUGUAAUGAUCUCUUUAUUAUUGUUUUUCUUCAUGUUAUGUUUUAAUUGCAAUCUUCUGCAUCUCCCUUUGACCGGCAUGGUGCAUAAGGUGCAUGGCUUGCCUAAGUAUAUCAAGGUGCAUGGCUUGUCUAAGUAUACCAAGGUGCUAUGUGUUUAUCUCAUAUUUUUACUUAUAAGAAAGUAGUGCAUCAAAGUGUUACUUACAAAAAAAAAAAAAAAGAAAGAAAAGAAAGUGCAUCAAAGUGUUAAUUUCGUGUUUGACACAAUCAUGGAAGUUCGUCUUUUUCUUCCCCUCCUUAAAGCAGCCAUUUUUCCCCUUGUACAAUUCUUUUUUCACCAUCUGUAACAUGACCCCAGUGGUUUCUACGAUCGAGAUUUUGAACUGGUCACCAGAGCACAGUCUGGCUGACCUGUUCAAAUUCAGAAAUUUCAUAGUAGUUUUCUUCAUAUUUGUGCAUGUGCAUGCGCAUGUCUUAUAUUGUGUGUACACACAGGCCACAGGAAUACAUAGGUAUGACUUGCUUAUGUUAAUUGCAUUUGACUGUCUUAAGAGGCAGCAGCAGUUGGCUGUUUGCUGAUGCAGUGAUCAGUUGCAAGUAUAUUUUUAGAUUCAAAUGUCAUUUUUCUUGUCUCCUUUUAAGUGCUUGCGGAAUAGCUUAGAUCGGUUGCGGGCGUACUUAUUCGCGUUGCUGGUGUGUAGGUUCAUUUAUAUAGAACUCGGCAAUAUGAAUGUGCUAUAUUUUCAGUGUGUUUUAGCAUCAAAGAUUAGGUAGUAAUGCUCAAGGUCUUGGAAGCAGAAACAUUGAAGGCAAAGCUCCUUGUAUCCAUGUAGAAUUAGAAAAAAAAUUGUGCUACCAAGAAAAACCCCAGUAUUCCACUUGGUACCACUUAAGAUUCUGUUGGCAUAAUCAUACCAAGACUCUACCCUGGGCCUUGAUGCCAUGGAAUCUGACUGACUGAAAUGAGAUAUACUCAUUGUGGUUGCAAUCCUUCAUCCACAGUGGCACUACAUGAAAAGUUGGAGUCAUCAGGACGAACGGUGUAGCGUUCUACUUGACUAUAUUCCAACCAUUUAGAUGGUCCUUGAGUCAUUGGAGGUUCCAAAUGUGAAUACUUCCCAAGAAUUCUGGUGUUGAACUUUUUCAUGUGUAAGUGAACCUCUGUUGCACUUUUGGGAUGUGUGUGACAGAAAAGUGAAAGCAGCUCAAUCUCCUGGAGCGGGGGAUUAUGUCGUCAUUUUUGUGGUAGUUUCUUUCUCAAGAUUUUGAAUGUCAAGGUGAUUGUCUUACCGAUUGUCUUACCGAUUGCCCGAUCUUUCCUUGAAUGAAGGGAAAUUCUUCCAAGACCAGUGGAGGAGGUUAUGGGGGAUUGAGCUCCCCUGAACAUGGCAGCACAGAAAAGGUGCAGAUUGACUCUAGGCUUCUAUGCCUUUCUUUGGCAACCAUUAGUUUAGUUUUGUGUGAUAUCGUGUCCAAUGUUAGGGAUAAUCGAUUAAAUAAUUAAACUCUUGAAUUGCUGGGAGAUACUGGAUUUUUUUUUUUUUUUAAAUUGUGGGCAAGAUUGUCCAGUAAAUCACGCCAAGCUUUGCUAGGUUGAAGUGCAUUAAGAGAGCUGGGAAAGAGAGAGGGUAAACGAUUGAAUGUCUUUUCUAGUCUUGUGAGCUACCAAUUGUUUUUCUUCUUAAAAA